CAGCAGUGACCAUCCCUGGAAAUUUUAGGGUUCUAGGGUGGUCGCCUCCAAUUUCACAUUUCGCGAUACAUAAGUAGCGCGUUUCCUGCUCCCGUAGCGCUCCUGGAGGCGUUCGGCGAUCUUGUCCUACUAGCAGCUCCGAGGGUCGAAGAAACGAAGACGUACGCGUGAAAAAUGAGUAAGUUGCAGAGUGAUGUUGUGAAGGAAGCUAUCUCACAGAUUCUUGCUGAUUCUCGAGAGAAGAAACGGAACUUCACUGAGACAAUCGAACUACAGAUUGGUUUGAAAAAUUAUGAUCCUCAAAAGGAUAAGCGAUUCAGUGGUUCUGUGAAGCUACAACAUAUUCCACGCCCCAAAAUGAAAGUUUGCAUGCUGGGUGAUGCACAACAUGUUGAAGAGGCAGAGAAGAUAGGGCUUGAUUACAUGGACGUUGAGAGUUUGAAGAAGAUGAACAAAAACAAGAAGCUUGUGAAGAAACUUGCUAAGAAGUACCAUGCUUUCCUAGCAUCAGAAGCUAUCAUUAAACAGAUUCCUCGUCUUCUUGGUCCUGGUCUUAACAAGGCAGGGAAGUUUCCUGCAUUAGUUAGUCACCAAGAACCGUUGGAGGCGAAGGUAAAUGAGACAAAGGCGACGGUGAAAUUUCAACUCAAGAAGGUCCUCUGCAUGGGCGUGGCUGUUGCCAAUGUUGGCAUGGAGGAAAAGCAUAUUUUUCAGAAUGUGCAAACGAGUGUCAAUUUACUCGUGUCUUUGCUGAAGAAGAACUGGCAAAACGUGAGAUGCCUAUACCUGAAGAGCACAAUGGGAAAACCAUACCGUGUGUUCUAAGUGUUUUCUCCGGCAAUCAAGAGUAUGAAAAUUCUUAGGUAAAAGAUUUUGUUUAUCAAUCAAUAUGGAAGGACAAGUGAUAUCCAACAUCAAUUUCAGUUUUUUCGUAGUCUCUGAGUUGUCUUUAAAAAAUCUAUAUCAUGUUCGCGUUUGCAUUGUUAUAGUUUGCUAGAUCUUGCACCAAAUGUAACCUUAUUUGAAUGGUUUGCGAUUCAUGUUGAUUUUCUUGUUUCGUUUUAAUGUUGAUGACGAUGUGCUGCAGAUUUGUAUA